AUGAUCGGCUUACGUAAAGGCUUCAUCGGAAUUUUGAAUGAAAAAGCAACAGAAUUAAAUAUACAAAAAGAUGAUUUUAUAGUCCUUCAUUGCAUUAUCCACCAACAGAACUUGUUUUCUAUGUCCAUUCGACUCCAGAAUGUAAUGAAUGUGGUAGUAAAAACCAUCAACUUUAUUCGAUCCCGAGGGCUUAACCAUCGUCAGAUCAAGGCGUUUUUUGAUAAAAUAUCAGCUGAAUAUAACGACGUAACAUAUUAUUGUAAAGUCAGAGGGCUGAGCAAAAGAAAAAUAUUGAAACGGUUUUACGAGCUUAGAAAUGAGAUAGCCGACUUUAUGAAAAUAAAAGAUAAACCACUAUCUGAAUUAAGUGACCCAAAAUUGAUAUGUGAUUUGGCAUUUCUGGGCGAUCUUACAGGCUAUUUGAAUGAGUUAAAUUUGAAACUUCAAAAACAAGGACAGCUCUCUGCGUAUGAAAAUAUUGCUUAUGCUCAAUAUGCUGAAGAACUCAAGUUACUGUUGGAACAAUUUUCAAACAGAUUUAGCGACUUCAAAAACAUGGAGGACUGUUUCAGUUUAUUCGCUACUCCUACAAAAUAUAAUGUACAAAACGCUCCAAUACACUUAGAAAUGGAGUUGAUCGAGAUUCAAGAAAACUCACUCCUAAAAUCCAAAUUUGAACACGUAGAAUUGUGCGAUUUUUACAAAAAGUAUCUAGAAGAAAACAAUAUUCCGCAGCUUAGAAAAUUCGCAAGAAGAUUGAUUUGUGCGUUUGGCAGUACUUAUAAAUUCAAACAGUUCUUUUCAUUGAUGAAAGUUAAUAAAUCAACACAUCGUACAAGACUGACUGACGAUAAUUUGGAAAAUUCUUUACGUCUUUGUAUCAGUGGAAUUAAUCCAAAUAUCGAUGGAUUAGUUUCCCAAAUUCAAGCUCAAGUGUCUCAUUGA